AGGGCUACUUAACGAACAGACGACUCAAGUCCCGACAAACGUCGAACACAACUUCUACAACUCCUCAAUUGAAGCAUUGAAUUCUGCGGCUGCUAUCUUGGAGGUCGCCGAACUAGACGCUCAAAGUCUUCAGUCUCAAUGCAUCUACCACUAGCGAUGCUGGGCCUCCCAGCAUCGCUGCUGAUGCUAGUCGCAACACAGCUGCAGGCGCAACAGCUACCGACAGCAAUCAAGAAAAUGUCCCUAGACGAAGGCGAGAAGAUAAUGCCGCACCACCUGGCAUUUGCCCCCGAAUUUGCGCCUCUACAAUCGCCUGUGCAAGCUCGUAGUUUGCUCACUCCCGAAGAAGAGUCGCUGCUCGCUGCGAACUCAAGCGCAACCAUAUCCUUUCGGCCGCCGUUUGGUAUACACUAUUCAGAGAGCUCAUUAGAGCACAGGAACAUCGGGCCACUCUGGCGGAGGUCGAAAGAAGCGCUGCACAGAUUACAGGGACGAGACUACUCCUGCCCAACAAAUACACAAAGUUGCGAUUCAAUAGGACAACCAAAUUACUGCUGCGCGACAGGCGAGACCUGUUUCACGGUUGAAAAUGCGCCAGAUGCUGGAAAUGUUGGCUGCUGCCCUUCAGGACAGAACUGUGGAGGGAGCGUGGGGGCUUGCGGGUCCGGUAGCACGGCGUGUUCGGCGGACGUAGGUGGUGGAUGCUGCAUUCCCGGGUUCGUAUGCGCCCAGAUCGGCUGUAUAGCGAGCACCGUCACAGCUAUUACUAUGACCACCACGAGCUCGACGGUCGUGUCUGGACCCUCGGCUUCGACAGCUGUCACAACGGUUGUAGUGACGGUCAGUCCGAGCAUACAGACGACGGUCAGUACGUCUACCUCAAUCACAACUCUUCCCACGCCAACGACAACUGCAACCGAGACAACGACGGGCACAUCGACUGGAGAAGGACUGCCUCCAUGGCGACCUACUAGUGGGUCUGGAACUACGACGGAAGCACCAUCGAGCACAGCUACGGGUGAUUACUGCCCUACUGGCUUCUAUGCGUGCUUGGCGACCGCAGGAUCGGGAUGCUGUCGCACAGGCAGAGACUGCGUGACUACAUCUUGCCCUCCAGUAUCCUCAACUACCAUCACAUCCAACGGGAUAACGAUCGUCGUCCCCGCAAGCGAUGUCCCAACAACGACAGUGACCUCGACAUGUGCUUCAGGCUGGUUCCUUUGUGGCAGUGAGGCUGGUCCGGUCGCUGGUUGCUGUCCGUGGGGCUAUGCCUGUGGAACUGCGAGCUGCACAAUUGGUGACAGUACCGCCACAGCAACGAUUCAGAAGGAGCUACCCAGCAUGGGAUACAAAACCACGAUGGUAUGGACGGUUGUGCCUUGUAUGAUAGGGACGAUAAUUGCCCUCAUGGCCUGAGGUUUGGUGCACGUUCGUGAUGGUUGUAUAUAACGAGACAACUGUAUAUAAAUGAGUAGACGUUGAUGACAAGAUUCGCAUUAUACGGAGUUGGGAAUUUAGAACGUUAAGCAUGGUCUUAGAGGUUCGGGGUUGC